GAGUCCGCCUUUAAUGUUUGAAUAAAGCUACGGAACCUUUUCGCUCUCUCUCAAAUUUUCUCCUCUCUACUCCGAAGUUCAUUUGCAGAUCGAGUCUCUCAGCUACUUUUUGCAUAUCUUCCUUCGUCUGGAUCUGCAAAUGCGCAUCGCUAUGAUCGCACCAUUACUUUUCUCUCCCGUUCGGUUCUCUUCGUUUCGCAUUCUAUAGCUCAGUUCGUCGAGUCUGUGGGUUCUUUCGUGUGAAAAGGUAGCCCCUGGCUCUUCUUAGUUAGAAUAUAAUGAUUUGGAGAGCAUAUUCCAGAGAGAGUUGCAGUCGCAUGGGAAUUGGGGUGUGCAGGUUUACCUAUUUGUCAAGAAACUAUGGAAGGUGACCAGACAAUCUAUACUCCUCAAGAUGGGCUUGGCGAUGGUGGUCAGAAAAUGCGACCUCUACACGGGAGAACAACUGGUCCUACGAGGCGUUCUACCAAAGGCCAAUGGGCACCAGAAGAGGACGAGAUUUUGCGGAAGGCUGUUCAACGUUUUAAAGGAAAGAACUGGAAAAAAAUAGCGGAGUGUUUCAAGGACAGAACCGAUGUGCAAUGCCUACAUAGGUGGCAGAAGGUCUUAAAUCCAGAGCUUGUCAAAGGUCCAUGGUCUAAAGAGGAGGAUGAAAUAAUUGUUAAAUUGGUGAACAAGUAUGGUCCAAAAAAAUGGUCCACCAUUGCACAGCAUUUACCUGGGCGUAUUGGGAAACAAUGUCGUGAAAGGUGGCAUAAUCAUCUUAAUCCUGCUAUAAACAAAGAAGCAUGGACGCAGGAAGAGGAACUGGCUUUGAUUCGUGCUCAUCAGAUUUAUGGGAACAAAUGGGCAGAGCUAACAAAGUUCUUGCCAGGAAGGUCAGACAAUGCUAUAAAAAAUCAUUGGAACAGUUCUGUGAAAAAGAAAUUGGAUUCUUAUCUGGCAUCAGGUUUACUUGCUCAGUUCCCAGCGCUUCCUCAUAUCGAACAUCAAAAUCAACACAUGCAUUCAUCAUCUUCAAGGAUGCAGGGUAGUGCAGAUGAUAGUGGUCCCAAAGGGAUAGAAACACAGGAAACAUCGGAAUGCAGUCAAGAGUCAACUGUUGCAGGUUGCUAUAAGUCUUCAAGUGAUAUGACCAAUGCAGUUUUGCAUGCCAGUGAAGAAUUCCCAUUGACUCGAGAAUCUGGUUCAGCUAAGGAACAAAGCUCGAGCCCACCAUCUUGUUCUGAACAAUAUUAUACAUCUCUGGAAGAUGUUGCUUUUUCAAUGCCAAAUAUUACUUGUGAAGCGGAUUGCUCUGGCAAAUUUCUGGAACAAAAUUUCUCGCAUGAUGCCGGAACUUCUGCAGGUGGGGAUAACCAGUUUAAUAUACAUGCAAUACCGAAUAUCUCGUCAUUGGAAGUGGAGCAGGAAUCAUCACAGUUGAAAACAAAUUGUAUUGAAAGCCAUGAAACAAUGAAUGUUCCAUGUCAAACUUCAGCGGAGUUGAGAGCUUCUACUUCAAUGGGGUAUAUAACCUUGGGUUCAUAUAAACUAGAGAACUUGAGGAUACCUGAUGAUGAAUGUUGUAGAAUUCUAUUUUCAGAGGCAUUAAAUGACGGUUUUUUCUCUGGAAAUCAUACAAAAGUUUCUAACAUUGAUCCCUUGGGGGAAUGCACUGAUUCAUUUUGUUGCCAAUCAUCAGACUGCAUCAUACCUGAAGCUGAUGGAACUUCAGCUGUACAAUCUUAUUGUCCUCCAAGGUCUGAUUUAGUGGGAAGUCCGUGCUCUCAAUCUUUUAGGUUCCUAUCGUCACUUAUAUCUGUUGACUGUGGUACACUUCUAUAUGGUGAUGAACCUAACCAGUUGUUUGAAACUCAGGAAGAAGGGUUUGUCACUGGUGCCCAUGAGGGCUUUACUUAUACCAAUGACUUCACCAAUUCUCCUUGCAACAAUGGUACAGAUAACACAGGAAUGCAAGAGCAACCAGAUGUAAAGGACACUUCAAAAUUAGUCCCUGUAAAUACUUUUGGCUCAGGAUCAGAUAUCACGGACACAUGCCCCUCUGUGAGUGAGAGACUGCAUGUACAUUUGGAACAGCAGGAUGCCGGAGCACUAUGUUAUGAGCCGCCCCGUUUUCCAAGCUUGGAUAUUCCAUUUUUAAGCUGUGAUCUGAUACAAUCUGGUAGUGAUACACAACAAGAAUAUAGCCCACUUGGAAUCCGCCAACUUAUGAUGUCUUCUAUGAACUGUAUCACCCCAUUUAGGCUGUGGGAUUCACCAUCUCGCGAUGAUAGUCCCGAUGCUUUUCUGAAGAGUGCAGCUAAAACUUUCACAGGUACACCAUCCAUAUUGAAGAAACGACACCGCGACUUGUUUUCACCACUAUCUGAUAGAAGAAGUGACAAAAGGCUAGAGAUUGACAUGACAUCCAGCUUGACCAGACAUUUUUCUCACUUAGAUGUUGUAUUUGAUGAAAUCAGUACCCAAAAUGCUCCUUUCUCUCCAUCAUCCAAUCGUAAAAGAAACUUUGGAGCCUCCCCUAUGGAUAAAGAAAAUACUGAUUAUGCCUUUAAAGUGGCCAAGGGAAAGGGUAGAGAUGGCACUUCAUCUUUCGAUGAUAGAAAUUUAGAGAAAAAUUCUGAUGAUAGUAAUUUGCAAGGCGAUAUGAAGCGGCCGACUGCUGAUGUUGAUGCUAAGACCAAGGUCCAGCAGCCUUCUGGAGUCCUUGUUGAACGUAACAUGAAUGAUCUGCUUCUACAUUCUCCCGAUCAAGUUGGUUCCAAAGCAGACAGGAUGUUAAGUUCCAGCUCUAGAACUCCAAGAAAUCAACAAUCUAGAAGCUUGGCAGCUGCAUCAGACCGGGGCCUUUCUAAUCAUUUAUCCUCAGGAAAUUCAUGUGCACAUUUUCGCUCCCCUACUCUUUGUGGGAAAAAGAAUGAAAGUCAUUCAGUUGCAGUUACAUGCACUCAAGCUGCUUCUUCAUCAGCUCCUCUGGAGACUGCUGGCCAUAACGGACGGAAUGAUGCUGGCGUUGAAACCUUUGGCAUAUUUGGUGGAACUCCAUUUAAAAGAAGUAUCGAAUCCCCUUCAGCAUGGAAAUCCCCUUGGUUCAUCAAUUCUUUUCUGCCAGGCCCAAGGGUUGAAACUGAAAUAACAAUUGAGGAUAUAGGGUAUUUUAUGAGCCCAGGGGAUAGAAGUUAUGAUGCCAUUGGGUUAAUGAAACACAUAAGCGAGCACAGUGCUGCUGCUUAUGCCAACGCUCAGGAGGUUUUGGGAAAUGAAACUCCAAAAACAUUAAAAAGGGGAAAAUGCAACAGCCAUGGGAGUAGGGACCAAGAGAACAGUCGUGUACCCCACAGUCAUCAUGGGAACCGUUCCCACUUGGCUCCAACUGUUUUGUCAGAGUGUCGCACCCUUGACUUCAGUGAAUGUGGAACACCCGGGAAGGGAACAGAGAAUGGGAAACCCCCGAAUGCUGUAAGCUUGUCAAGUAGUCCUUCUUCUUAUCUCUUGAAGAAUUGCAGAUAGCGGUUUCCUAUGACUAAAGGCCUUUUGAUGUCAUAUUUUGAAGCCAAUAUAUUAUAUAUAUAUGUUUUUUUUUUUUUUUUUAAUAUUCUUCCUCGUUUUCUUUUCCAGUGCUGGAUUACAAUUUGAUUAAUUCAUAGAAGAUUGUUCUAAGUGCAUUAUACUUUUUUAACCAUGUUACCUCAUUUGACGGGCAGACCAUUUCCUCUUCGAAAAGGGGAUGCAUCUACACGUCGCAUUACCCAGCAGAAUAAUGUUUAGAGUUCCCACAUGAA